GCCCAUCUCGCCAACGCUCGGUCGACGGCACCAUCCACAAUGGCGAGCCGUGUGUCCAACCCCCGGAAAGCACCCGCAAGCCCUUUCUACACCCGGGCUUUGUUAGAACCCGACAAAAUGUCUACGUCGUGGCCUAGUCCUUUUCGGUUCGUGGAUAUAUGGGAGCUCGAUUUCUUCCUAAAUCUCAAGUUCCACUUCACUCUUUCCAUUCCGAAGUCAGAGGAUCUCUUCGUUCCUAAUAAAUAAGACACAAUUCUUUACCUCAAACCUUUGUUGCCUGUCGCUCACACCAACAUUUCUGAACCCGGCUUCCAGGGGUUCGUGAUAGGUUCUUCGGGUCGAAGGAUAUCAACGGCUUUCAUCAUGGCCAUGGCGACUGGACGACCUACGACUUCACAAAGCGGCAAUUCGGGUGCGACAGAAAAGGUCUCUCUCGAUGUGGCGACUCCGAGCGACUCGAGCAAACUGGGCGACACCUAUCAGGAGCAAUCGGCCCCAAGGGUUGUGCUCUUGCUGACCUCGGUCCUCCUCAGCAUGUUUCUAGUUGGUCUAGAUAGGACCAUUAUUUCAACGGCCAUACCCCAAAUCACGAAUGACUUCCACUCCCUUCCUGAUGUUGGCUGGUACGGGAGUGCAUACACGUUGUCAUCCUGCUCGUUUCAACUCCUGCUCGGAAAGCUCUACACGCUCUAUGCCGUCAAAGGCGUCUUCCUCGCGAACGUCCUGCUAUUCGAACUCGGCUCCGUUGUCUGUGGGGCCGCUUCGAACUCAACCGCCUUCAUCGUGGGAAGAGCACUCGCCGGAGUUGGCGCGGCUGGGAUCUUUUCAGGAUCCAUCGUAACUAUAGUCUACGCUGUUCCUCUGGAGAAGCGGCCCCAAAUACAAGGCCUGUUCGGCGCCCUCUUCGGCAUUGCUUCAAUUGUCGGUCCCUUGAUUGGUGGCGCCUUUACUUCAAAGAUAUCAUGGAGAUGGUGCUUUUACAUCAAUCUGCCUUUCGGAGCGGUGGCAAUGGCCGUCAUUGCUUUGUGUCUAAAGGUCCCCGACCGAGAUACAACCAAGCUCCCUUGGACGAAAAAACUGACACAGCUGGAUUUCCUUGGAACCUCGGCUUUGAUACCUUGUGUGGUCUGUCUUCUGUUAGCACUCCAGUGGGGUGGCCAGACGUAUGCUUGGAGCAAUGGGCGAAUCAUAGCAUUGCUUACUCUUAUGGGAGUAUUGGGCAUUGCUUUUGUUGCCGUUCAGAUACUCCUUCCCGGCACUGCCACAAUCCCGCCGAGAAUCUUCAAGCAGCGCAGCAUCGCGGCUGGCUGCUGGGCAACAACAUGUAUCGGGGCUUCGAUGUACAUCUAUACGUACUUCCUCCCGAUCUGGUUCCAAUCAAUAACCGGAUCCUCUGCCGUAGACUCAGGCAUCCGACUACUGCCUCUGAUGCUAUCAAUGGUCGCCGCAUCUAUCUUCGGUGGAAUCGCGACUCAGAAGAUCGGAUACUACACACCAUUCGCGAUUCUCGGAGCGUUCCUCAUGUCCGUCGGCUCAGGACUCCUGACGACCCUCCAAGUCGACACGACCGAAGGCAAGUGGAUCGGAUACCAAAUCCUCUACGGAUUCGGCAUGGGCCUCGCUUUCCAAGCACCAAAUCUCGCCGCGCAAACCGUUCUACCUAAGCAGGAUGUGGCGAUCGGCUCGGCGCUCAUGUUCUUCGGGCAGCUUAUCGGGGCAACUGUGUUCAUCUCUAUUGGGGAGAACGUACUGGAUAAUCAGCUUCUGAAACGACUUUCUGGCUUGCCUGGGUUUGAUCCUAGCCUUGUCACAUCGGGCGGCGCCACGUCAUUGCUCAGCUCACUGCCUGCGAGCAUGCGGGGAACGGUUCUCACGGCUUAUAAUGAGGCGCUCCGCGUGGUGUUCCAGGUUGGGUUGAUCGUGUCGUGUCUUACUAUCCUCGGCUCGGUUGCUUUGGAGUGGAAGAGCGUUAAGAAGGAGGCUGCUGCGCAGGCGGAGAACCGCGCCGCGAACGCGAAAUCGGGUGGCGCAGAGAAGGAGGCUGGUGUGUAAAUAUAUAAGAAGUAACUGUAGGAGGAGAGACCCACAUUGGAUAGUUGUUACACGUUGUUUGUUAGACGGGUCGUGCGUUUCUUGUAUAAAACCCUAGGAUUUCGGUUUCGUUUCUUCGUGUUGUCCUCUCUGCAUGGUAAAUGUAUUAUUAGAUGUUUUCUACAUAUCUCUUG